CAUAUAAAUACACAGCCAAACAUAGACGAAACCGAGAACUAGGGUUCCCCCGGCGGUUAUAAUUUAUUUUAGCCUUUUCUUGACCCAUUUAGUUUCACUGAGCCCAUCUUACGUGGCCCAAACAGACAACUUCAUUACUGUAUAAACUCACACACCUUCCCUUACUAUUUCUGGUAAACCAGUCAACACACAAAACCCAAAAAGGGAAAGAAAGAUAAACAUAUAAAAUGAAGAAAAUCCAACUUGUGUUCAUACCCGCGGCGGAAAUUGGCCAUCUCCGGUCAACCGUCGAGUUAGCUAAGAAACUCCUCGACGAAGACGAUCUUCUCUCAAUCACCGUACUCAUCAUCCCUCGCCCUUCCGCCGACGAUUCCGACCACGUUACACCCCUUUUCACGCCGUCUCAAGAACGCCUCCGUCACGUCACCAUCUCCGCCGCAGAUCAACCACCCGACGUUCCUCUCGAUCCUAAAGCCUUCAUGGACAACCAAAAGCCGAAAGUGAGAGACGCAGUCUCCAAACUCCUCGACUCGCCGCCGCGGCUCGCCGGAUUCGUCGUCGACAUGUUCUGCACGUCGAUGAUAGAAGUAGCUGAAGAAUUCAAAGUCCGUACGUAUAUGAUGUACACGUCAAACGCUGCGUUUCUAGGAAUCACGCUUCAUCUCCAGUUAAUGUUCGACGAGAAGAGGUAUGACGUCAGCGAGUUGGACGACUCGGUCAACGAGUUGGACUUCCCGUGUUUGACUCGUCCUUAUCCUGUGGAAUGUCUUCCUUAUCUAUUCACCUCUAAGCAGUGGCUUCCCUUCUUUUUUGACCAAGCACGAAACUUCCGAAAGUUGAAGGGUAUUUUAGUAAAUUCCUUUGCUGAGCUGGAGCCUCACUCUUUGAAAAUAUUCUCUGGUGACCUUCCUCAAGCGUAUCCAGUGGGACCACUGCUGCAUCUCCAAAACGACGUCGUCGAAGCGAAGCAAUCGGAGGUUUUACGGUGGCUCGACGAGCAACCGGCGAGGUCGGUCGUGUUCCUCUGUUUCGGGAGCAUGGGAGGCUUCAACGAGGAGCAAACGAGAGAAAUCGCCGUCGCGUUGGAAAGAAGCGGCCACCGGUUUCUCUGGUCUCUCCGCCGCGGAUCGCCGGAUAUACUGACGGAGCCUCCCGGAGAUUACGCGAAUCCGGAGGAGGUUCUACCGGAGGGAUUCUCGGAUCGGACGUCGGGGAGAGGGAAGGUGAUCGGAUGGGCUCCGCAAGUGGCGGUGCUCGCUAAGCCGGCGAUCGGGAGCUUCGUUACCCACUGCGGAUGGAACUCGGUGCUCGAGAGCUUGUGGUUCGGCGUUCCGAUGGUGACGUGGCCGCUCUACGUGGAGCAGAAGAUCAACGCGUUCGAGAUGGUGGAGGAGCUUGGACUGGCGGUGGAGAUACGGAGGUUCUUUAGAGGAGAUUUGUUGGGCGGAGAGAUGGAGACGGUUGCGGCGGAGGAUAUUGAGAGAGCGGUGAGGCGUGUGAUGGAGGAAGGUAGUGACGUCAGGAAGAGAGUGAAGGAGAUGGCUGAGAAGUGCCACGUGGCGUUAGAGGAUGGUGGAUCUUCGCAGGUGGCUUUGCAGAAGUUUAUUCGAGACGUGGUCGAAAACGUUGUGGUCUAAUUGGAUGGAACCAUGUGGAGGCCAAGUAGAAAGGAUAGUUUAUGUACACCGUUAUUACUAAUUUCCCACCAAAAAAAAAAAAAAAGCUUCCCACUUUGGAUAAUACGGUUAUGAAACGUUAGUAUACCAUGUAUGUUACAUUUCUUGAAUAAGAUUCUGAUGUGUAUAUGUACCGUUAAGAAUAAU